AUAUAUAAAAUAAAAAUAUUAUAGAUUCAAGGGAAAAUGGGAGGUGCAGAAAGUUGCUUGCAGCGACAUAUGACGUGGCAUUUCGACAUCCCCAUGGUACACAAAAUACACAUUAUCCAUCUAAAAGAAAAAAGAAAAAUUCCAAAUGACCAACGCAAUGGCAUCAUCAUACAGAGACAGAGAUGACCGCUGCUGCUGCUACUGCUACUGCUUCCGCUUCCGCUCUGCCCACCGUUUCCGUCACCCCGCCGCCCAUCGCGGCCGUCAAUCGUCGCUUUGUCACCCUCUCCCCCCACCGCCGCCGUCUCUACCCACUACUACAAGUAGCAAAUGACUCUAAAGCAACACAAGUGUCUGCUGAUCUUGCCACUGAAAAAUCCGAGGCUGACAAAAUUGUUGAUGGCAUGGACUUUGGUGAAUUAUGCAAUGAAUUUGAAUGCAUCAGCAGCCCGUCUGUUGAAGCUACUGCGAGACAACUUGUACGCGACAUUUUAGAGCUUCGGGAGGGCAAUCGUGCCCUUGGAACUUAUGCUGUUUCAGUAAAAUAUAAGGACCCGGUCAGAAGUUUUACGGGUCGUGAUAAAUACAAGAGACCGUUAUGGUCGAUCAAUGCAUUGGAUAAACCUAAUGUGAGUGUGCAGGACAUGGUGAUGUUGUCUACUAGUGUGUUAAAUAUAAAGUGGACUUUGAAAGGAAACCCCAAAAACCCGAUAGCUAGUAUAGGUGGGCCCGUGAUUGUCAAAGUCAACUCUCGGUUUACACUAAACCAAAUCAGUGGUCAAGUUAUCGAGCAUGAAGAAACUUGGGAUUUAUCUUCAUCAUCACCCAUUGCUCAAGCAUAUUUUUGGGCAUCACGACGCCUAUUUUCUACAGUCGAGUCUGCAAAAGAUUUCUCCGAUUCUCUCAAGAAUUCUUCUAGCAGUUUUUCUACCGAAAAAGAAAAUGUGGAUUUCUAUCCAGAUCCCUCUGGUGAUCCAAGAAAGUUUUUCCAAACCGAGGAUGACUUUCAAAGGGAUGCCAUUCAGCUCGCGUUGUUUCUUGCGCUUCUGUACUUUUUAGUACAGUUUUUGAGGACAACCUUGUAAGAUCGCACGGCAGGUAUAUAAUACGGACUGCGUUAAUGGUGUCUUAUUGCUACUUUGUUAUAUCUUUCUAUAUAAAAGAAAUUUUUGUAUGUCAUUCCUUUGUGAUAUAUGUAUGCAUGUGUAUAUAUUACGUGAAACUAUGUACAUAAAUACGCUCACAUACUUGUUGGGAAUAUUUUCAAAAUGAUAAAAUAAAUGUAUUCUGGGUUGCAGUUGGUUGGU